GCACCGCUCUGACGUCAUCACGCAGACGGAGGCUCGUCGUCAGCAGCAGUUAGCGCUGUGUCCGAGCUAACAGGUUAAACAGUCUCCAGCUGUUUCCAGCGGUGUCCCCGGUGUUUCCGGUGUCCGCGAGAUGUUCUACAAACUGAACGGAGUGACGCAGCGGCUCACCGGAGUUCCCGCCGCCGCCGCGUGCAGCCCGCAGGGGCUGCGUCCAGGUGUCCCCCCUGUCCGUCCUCCUCCCAUCUUUGCGUCUCCGACCAAGCUGGUGUCUGAAGCAGGAAGUCAUGUGGAGUACCUGGGGCCCAACCGAGUCUCCCACCUGCAGACCCUCUUCCAGAGGUCAGACGGCGUGCCGGUCCAUCUGAAGGGGGGGGUUCUGGACCGCCUGCUGUACCGGACCACCAUGGGUCUGACUGUGGGGGGGGCGCUGUACUGCCUGGUGGCGCUCUACAUCGCCGCCCAGCCACGCAACAAGUGAUGCUGCUGCUGCGCUCUGAUUGGACGAGGAGGAGUUUAAACAGAGCUUUGCAGGAAACACUUUGUACAGAAAUUAUUAUUAAUAAAGUUUAUUUUGUUGUACAU